AUUUAUGUAUAAUAUGGAUGUAUGUCUUGAUGCUGCUUUCUUUCUGCUAUAACCACAGCAGAACUGAAGUUAUAUGUCUCCCUCUCUCGGAUGCAGAUUGAGUGAAGGCGAUGGACAUUUUUCCGAGAGGGUAUAGUGGGUUAUGGGUGCAAAUUGCAUCCGUUUUGUUCUUGGUGAUGUUAAUGCAGAAUUUUAGAGGGAGUUUAUCAACUUCCAAUUACUUGAUUGGACUCGGGAGCUAUGACAUAACAGGGCCUGCAGCUGAUGUCAACAUGAUGGGGUAUGCAAAUACGGAACAGAUUGCUUCUGGUGUUCACUUCAGGUUGCGAGCUCGUGCAUUCAUUGUGGCUGAACCUCAGGGGAGCCGUGUUGUAUAUGUGAACCUUGAUGCUUGUAUGGCUUCGCAGAUUGUUACUAUUAAAGUUCUUGAGAGAUUGAAAGCAAGGUAUGGAGGGCUUUAUACAGAGCAGAAUGUUGCGAUUAGUGGUAUCCACACCCAUGCCGGGCCUGGAGGCUAUCUGCAAUAUGUUGUAUAUAUUGUGACUUCGCUUGGGUUUGUUCGCCAGUCUUUUGAUGUUAUUGUUGAUGGUAUUGAGAAAAGCAUCAUACAAGCUCAUGAAAAUCUUCGGCCAGGGUCAAUUUUUGUAAAUAAAGGAGAGCUGUUAGAUGCUGGUGUAAAUCGCAGUCCUAGUGCUUAUCUUAAUAAUCCUGCAGAAGAGCGGAGUAAAUAUAAGUAUGAUGUGGAUAAAGAAAUGACCCUAAUAAAGUUUGUGGAUGAUGAGUGGGGGCCAGUAGGUAGUUUUAACUGGUUUGCAACUCAUGGAACUUCAAUGAGUCGUACAAACUCACUGAUAAGUGGUGACAACAAAGGAGCUGCUGCACGAUUUAUGGAGGACUGGUUUGAGAAGAAAGGCCAUGUUGAAAAUUUGGAUAGCCAACAUGCUAAUAAAUCUGGAACUGCAAAAAUCCCUCGAAGAGUCUCAGGCAUAGUUCCAAGCAUCAAUGAGAACCGUAAGGAAGCGAUGGAAGUUGCCGCCUCCUUCAAAUCUUCUCAGGGGCAACCUGCUACGAGGUAUUCAAGUGUUGCAAAACGGGUCAGAAAUUCUUUGAGGCUGGCUGACAGACCCCAUUAUGUAUCUGCGUUCUGUCAAACUAAUUGCGGUGAUGUAAGUCCCAAUGUUCUUGGUGCAUUCUGCAUUGACACUGGACUACCUUGUGAUUUCAAUCAUAGUACCUGCAACGGGAAGAAUGAACAGUGUUAUGGCAGGGGCCCAGGUUAUCCAGAUGAAUUUGAGAGUACAAGAAUCAUUGGAGAAAGACAAUUCAAAAAAGCUGUCGAAUUGUUCAACAAAGCAACUGAGCAGCUGAAAGGGAAGGUUGGGUACCGACAUGCUUAUGUGAAUUUCUCAAAUCUUGAAGUUGCACAAGGCAAUGACGUGGUGAAGACAUGUCCUGCAGCCAUGGGCUUUGCUUUUGCUGCUGGAACCACCGAUGGACCUGGAGCUUUUGAUUUCAAGCAAGGAGAUGACAAGGGCAAUGCCUUCUGGAGGUUGGUGAGGGACUUUCUGAAAACACCAAAUCAGGAACAAGUCAAUUGUCAGCGUCCAAAGCCUAUUCUGCUUGACACUGGUGAAAUGGACAAACCGUAUGCCUGGGCACCUUCAAUACUUCCAGUUCAAAUCUUGCGGAUAGGACAACUUGUCAUUCUCAGUGUACCUGGAGAGUUCACUACCAUGGCUGGCAGGCGCCUUCGCGAUGCUGUGAAGAUGGUUCUCACUUCAGGAGCUAGCAAAGAGUUCGGGAGAAAUGUUCACAUUGUCAUUUCUGGUCUGACAAAUACAUAUUCACAGUAUGUGACAACCUUUGAGGAGUAUGAAGUGCAGAGAUAUGAGGGGGCCUCCACUCUUUAUGGCCCACACACACUCAGUGCCUACAUUCAGGAGUUCAGGAAACUAGCUGCAGCUCUCAUCAGUGGCCGACCUGUGGAACCAGGUCCACAACCCCCAGAUCUCCUUGACAAGCAAAUCAGUUUAUUAACUCCAGUUGUCUUAGAUUCAACCCGUCCUGGUGCAAAGUUUGGAGAUGUUAAGAGUGACGUCCCUUUGAACUCCACCUUCAAAAGGGGUGACAUGGUUACAGUCACAUUCUGGUCUGCUUGCCCAAGGAAUGACCUCCUGACCGAGGGCACAUUUGCUCUAGUUGAGAUUCUCCAGGGCCAGAAGACAUGGAUUCCAGCAUACGACGAUGACGACUUCUGCCUGCGGUUUAUUUGGUCACGGCCUUCAAAACUUAGUCCUCAGAGUUACGCAACCAUAGAAUGGAGAAUUCCGCAGUCAGCAGUCUCUGGUGUGUACAGGAUACGACAUUUUGGUGCUGCGAAGGCACUCUUUGGUUCAAUCAGCCAUUUCACAGGUGCUUCGAGUGCGUUUAUAGUAGCAUAAGGAGGGCCAUAUAUGUAGUAGUUAAUGCUUGUGAUCUUUGCUUUUCGUUUUACCAUAAGAAGCCUCUGAUACGACAUCCAACACAGCUGCUGUCGUAGAACUUAAAGAAAGAAAAUCCAUGCCAAGAAAUGGAAAUGAAAAACUUCCAAGUAAUAUAAUUGUAUAAGAAAAUACUGGCUGAGUUAUUACAUUA